AGUCUUGCAGCCUCUUCUGCGGACCUUCAGCGCCCAGACCCGGCGAGCCACACCAGGCUGGUAAUAAAAGGCGUGAUGCUGCAAGCAUUGCAAUGUGAAAGCCUGACCAAGCGCUGGAGAGAGCGCGCACAUGGAAGAUCCUGUCGUUCGUGGUGGUGCUCCCUGAAGAUGCAGCAUCACUUCCAUGAGCAUCCCGAGUUUAUCGCCUUCCCACACCUGCAGAUUCGCAGCAAGCCCUUCCCCUGGGGUGACGGGAACCACAGUUUGUUCCACAACUCUCAUGUGAACCCUCUCCCCACUGGCUACGAAGGUGGGGAGCACUAAGCUGGACCGGGUCCACCACCACUGGGACCAGCACACCAGUGCAGCUCAUCACACCUCCUCUGUAUUUCUUGCAGUCUAACAUGCUUUAGCUCUGUUAUUGUUUGAGAGGGACACAUAU